AUGUUUGAAAAAAAAGUUCUAGAUUCAAUAGCCAAGUAUGAAGAAGAUUUAUCACAAAAUGUAAAUAAUAUCUCCGUAAAGGAUGAACAAAUAAAUAAAAUAAUAUCAGAUCUCAAGAAUAAUAAAGCUGCAGGGCCAGAUGAAAUCACCCAUGAAAUCAUCAAAGGUGGUGGCAAACUAUUUUCACCAGCUCCUCGACCUGCGCUCUACAGCAGCUCGCGCAGAGCCCCCAUAGAAAAACAUGAUCCUGUUGAGAGAUUAUGGUAUCAUCAGGGUGAGAUAUUACCAAUUAUAAUAGAAUCUACAACAAAAUCUUCGAAUUUGAUAGUUACCUAUAUUCUAGCUAUAUUGUAUCAUGAAGUGGUUGGGUUUCGAGACGUUGAAAUCAAACAGACCCCAGGCAAUCCAGACAUUGAUUCUGUAAUGCAGAAUUUAACAGGAUGUCCAACAAGCUUUCCAUGGCUAUGUAAUGAUAACAAUGUUGCGAGUGUGCCUCCAUCAACAGUAAAUGCCGAGGUUUGGUGUGAUCAAGAAAUAGGCCAAACAGCUGACGAGUGGGUAGAAACUGGUUAUGUAGUUCAUGCUGGACAUCUUGGACCCCUUGGCAGAUAUGGUUGGUAUGAACCAACCUAUGUUAUGCAGUAUAUUUAUACAGAACGCAACAUCAUUGCAAAUAACUGGUGGGUAUUGAAUGAUCCAUUUGUAAAUGAGCUUUUCUACAUUGAUGCUGAUCUGCUAGACAAUCUUACAUUGACUGACGAUGGAGAUGGUAGUCGAUAUUGUGAAGAUUCUAACUGCGUAGAUGGUGUGUUCAGAGUCCCCAGCUGUCCUAGAAAUAAUUCUAAAUGUGCUGUGCUGUUAGCAGAAUAUGCAGAUAACAACAAAGAUGUAUUGGUAGACCAAGUCACAUUCUUGCAGUUAAAUGUCACCAUUGCAUGGAUUGGUCCUAAGCUAACUCGAUUUGUUCAAUCCUAUUAUCAUGAAAGCAAACCUGUGCUCUACUUUAAUUGGGUGCCUAAUAGUAUCACAGCAUCUGGCAACUAUACAAGGAUUGAAUUUCCAAACUGCAUCAUCAAAAGGAUUGACAGGGGAUGCGACUUCAAUACAAAUAUUUUACAUAAAUAUGCAUGGGCUGAUUUCCAGUCUGGUUUGCCUCAUGCAUUCAAUAUCCUCAUGGAUAUGGAAUUUACGCCAUCCCAGAUGGAUUCCCUGUUAACAUAUCAAUAUUCAAAUCAUAUAACUGAAGAAGAAACUGCUUGUGAUUGGGUUCGAGAGAAUGAAGAUAUAUGGAUGUCAUGGAUACCAGGUGUUGUAGUGAAUCAGACUAUAUAUCUUGGUGGUUUCUUCCCAAACACUGGUGGUAAAUGGCCUCAGCCCGGAAUUGAGCCAGCUGCCCACAUGGCAAUAUCAGCUGUCAAUGCUAAUUCAUCUAUUUUACCAGUAUACAACUUAGAUCUACAUACCUUUAACACACAGUGUAAUGAACAACUUUCCAUGUUGGCAUAUCUAAAAUAUAUAACUGAUAAUGAACAUACAAGUGUUGGUAUUGUUGGUCCAGCCUGUUCAGAUGAGGCACAGAUAAUAGCUGGAAUGUCUACAUAUUUCCAUAAUAUCAUGAUAAGCUAUAGUUCAGAGUCACCUGUUUUAUCUGAUAGAAGUCAGUAUCCACACUACUACAGAACAUAUCCACCUGCCACACAAUUUGCUAAUUGUUAUGUAGAGUUCUUUGAAUACUGGGGAUGGGAGCAAUGUGCCACUUUAACGGAAGAUGGAAGCGAAUUCGCAUACUUAGUAUCCGCUAUUCAUGCAGCAUUUACUAUGAAUGGUAUUGAUGUGGUAGUCAGUCGUAGGUUUACUGAAGGUGAACAUUCCCUGGACAUGUCAUUCUACAUCACAGAGAUUAAAGAAAAUGAGGCACACAUUGUCAUUGGUAAUUUCUAUGAAUACGCCGCUAGAGCUGUAAUAUGUGAAGCAUACAAACAGGGUACAACUGCCCAUGAGGGAUAUCAGUGGUUUCUGCCGGCAUGGUAUGCUAGAGACUGGUGGGAUACGGACUAUUACAAUGAACAUGAAAAUGAAUAUGUACAUUGUACAACACAGGAAAUGGAGAAAGCUGUUGCAGGCAUAAUGACUUUUUCAAGAAUGAACUGGCAAGAGAGUAAUGUAACUGUUGUGGGUGAUACAACUGUCAGAGAGUUCACUGAACAAUAUCUGAAUAUUGUAGACAAUUUGGGUAUUCCACCAUCUCCCUAUGCUGCCUAUGCCUAUGAUGCUGUAUGGACUAUCGCUAUUGCAUUGGAUAAACUAUUAGAACAUGAUGUAUUUGCACUGAGUACCAUAACAACAAAUAAAACUGUACAGAAAUACAUGGGCUUUAUUGAUGAAUCAUUAUUCGAGGGUUUGUCUGGCAAAGUGUUCUUUGAUGGGCCUGAUAGAACAAGUAGUAUAAAGAUUAAACAAAUGUUCGCACAUACAUCUAGUUUUUUUGGUUCAUGUUAUCCUUCGGGCCUUGGAAAUCUGACUAUUGAUGAGAGUCUUAUUACAUGGGUUACUGGUGUACCACCAAAUGAUGGGAAAUCAGAUUAUGUGCCUUGUGUUUUUGGUGAAUCAAUGAGAAAAUCCCUUGGUAUUGAAUGUUCUGGAGUUAUUUUUAUACUUGUUUGUAUUGUACUUAUCACUAUCACUAUGAUCAUCCUGAGUUUCUGUAUUUUUGUUAAACUCAGGUAUGAUAGGAAAGUACGAAGCACCAAUGCCAGGAUUAAAGAGCUGGGAUUACUUCAUAGGAAUGCAGAUAUUUUGACUUUAGAUGAAUGGGAAUUAGCUCGUGAAAAUGUGGUGCUCAAUCGUAAAUUAGGUGAGGGUGCAUUCGGUACAGUCUACGGUGGAGAAGGACUUGUGGAUGGAAAAUGGUUAGCUGUAGCUGUGAAAACACUGAAAAUAGGAUCAUCUCUUGAAGAUAAGCUGGAUUUCCUGAGUGAAGCUGAGAUGAUGAAACAGUUUGAUCAUAUCAAUAUAGUACAAUUAUUUGGAGUUUGUACAAGAUCUGAACCAGCUUAUACUGUCAUGGAGUACAUGCUACAUGGUGACUUGAAAACCUACUUACUAUCAAGACGUCAUUUGGUACCACAGAUGGGCUCAAAGGAAGCAGAACUCAUUUCUCCUAAUGUGCUCACUGAGAUGGCAUUUGAUAUCGCUGCUGGUUUAGAUUAUCUUUCCAGUAUGCAUUUUGUUCACAGGGAUGUUGCAUGUCGUAAUUGUUUAGUACAUGCUAGUCAUGUAGUUAAGCUGUGUGACUUUGGGAUGGCAAGACCACUCUAUGACUCUGACUACUAUAGAUUUGGCAAGAAAGGUCUGUUACCAGUUCGUUGGAUGUCUCGAGAGAGUGUUAUUGAUGGGAUUUUCUCCACUAAAAGUGAUGUUUGGAGUUUUGGUGUUGUACUGUAUGAGAUAGUCACCUUUGGUAGUUUCCCUUACCAAGGACUCGCAAAUUCUGAAGUAGUGGAUGCUUUAAAGCGCAAUGAGACAUUGAAUCCCCCAGAAGGAUGUAAUCCUGUAUUAAAAGAUUUAAUGAAGAGAUGUUGGUCCAUAAGCCCAGAUGAUAGACCUAGCCCAUUAGAAAUCAUGGAAAUUGUUGGUUACCAUAUGGAUUUGAUAACACCAUGUUUAGAAUCGCCAAUGUUUUGCAAAGAUACCACAAAUUGUUCGAUAGAAAAUCAACCACCACCCUUGCCUCCAAGACCAAACAGAUGGAAGAACAAAUUCACAAAGUCACCUUUGCUGAGUAGGAAAACUGACGCUGUGAGACGAUCACACUCUACAUGUAACUCGGGCGAUUUUGGACAUCCCAAGAAUGGAGCGAUGAGGAAAAAAAUCUCGGUGAAAAGAUCAAAAACAAUUUCAGAAAGGUUGCAUGAUAUUAAUGUUGAAAGAUAUAAAGAAAAGCAAGAAAGAUCCAGAUCAAUACCUUACUCUCAAAAACCUAGUAUUGAAGAAAUGAUUAAUGAAGAGAAUGUAUUUGAUGAACAGAAGACUGACAUUCAUGUUGACAGGAGUGCAUUAACACUUAAAGAUACAAACCAGAAUUCAAUCAUUGAAAUCAAUGAUGAAAUUAGCCACAAGGAGAUUGUUUCAGAUUCAGAAAAUUCCUCAGGAUAUGAUAGUCGACAUCAAUCUACAGGAAGUCAAGACAGUCUCCUCUCUCACAAGGACUAUAAGAAGCAAAAGAAGCCAGACAUUGAAAUGGAGACAAUGCAAAUGCACAAACUUAAUGUACUUUUUGCCUUGUCACUCCCAGAUGAAGCGUCUUCUAUUGUUUGA